UUUAUUUUCCUUUCAAAAUCGGUCAGAAAAAAGAAGCCAGGGAGUUCCCUUCUCACACUCUCAUCUCUCACUCAAAACACUGCGAGUUCCCUUCUCUCACACCGUCGUGAAUUCCCUUUUUCCGGCAGAGCUCUCGUCGCCGGCGGCGAUACCCUUGUCGCUGUCAUUGAAACCAAUCUCCUGGCGCCGGCGAAACCCUAUUGUGGCCGACGAAGCCCUAUUGUCGUCCCCAACAAAGGCUCAGACAAAGCUCCCAAUGAAACACUAUUGUAAGGCCGCUCUGAAGCUUUCAAUUCAGAUGUUGAAUCAUGUGAGUAAUAAUAACAAUAGCUGCACAUGGCUGUUGUUCGUAGUGAGGCACUACUCUAGAAUUCAACCCCCAAGGCCUGUUUCUGUUGAACCGGUAAUCAGGGUAUCUAACAAUAUUGCUCGCCUGGAUGCUCCUAAAGAAGGUCCAAAACCCAGACAGUUGUUAUCAUUGCCUCCUUUUCCUGGCCACCCUUUGCCUGCCAAGAGCUCAAAUAGUGGUCCUGGACAGCGUGAUUAUGUUACUGCUGUCAAUUGGAUUAAGUAUUACUUCAAGGGUACAUGGGGUUCUGUCAUUGAAUCCCAUUUCAGAGAGGGUCUUGUGCAAAUGGAGGGCGUAGUUGGUGCUGACUCUUACACUCAGAAAGAAACUCUGAUGAAACCCAUGCGAAAGAUUAGACCUAAUGAAGUGAUGGAACAUGGUGCCAGAGUUCACGUUCCUGUUUCAAUUGCUGAGACUAGGAUUUCCAAAAGAUAUGAUGCUAUUCCUUGUGGAACACUAUAUCCAAAUGCUGACGAAAUUAAGUAUCUGCAAAGGCUUGUGAUUUACAAGGACUCGGCUAUUAUUGUGCUUAAUAAACCUCCAAAGUUGCCGGUUAAGGGGAGUUUACCAGUUCAUAAUAGCAUGGACGCAUUGGCAGCUGCUGCACUGUCCUAUGAUUAUGAUGAGGGCCCUAAACUAGUUCACCGUCUUGACAGAGAGACCAGUGGCAUCCUUUUACUGGGUAGAACUAAAGAUAGUGCAUCUCAUCUCCAAUGGUUGUUCACUAACAUCAACAAUGCCAAAUCUUCUUGUAAGGCUUGGAAUGAUGCAUGUGAAGCUACGUAUCAGAGGUAUUGGGCAUUGGUCAUAGGGACUCCCAAGGAGAAGGAAGGCGUCAUCCAUGCUCCUCUUUCUAAGGUGCUUCUAAAUGAUGGGAAGACUGAGAGGAUAAUACUAGCUCACCAUUCAAGUGUAGAACCACGCCAAGAGGCUGUAACUGAGUAUCGGGUGCUUGGUCCUAAGAUAAAUGGAUGCUCGUGGGUGGAGCUACGUCCUCUUACUUACAGGAAGCAUCAGUUGCGUGUCCAUUGCGCUGAAGCACUUGGCACACCAAUAGUGGGUGACUACAAGUAUGGCUGGUUUGUGCACAGCCGAUGGAAACAAAUGCCGCGAAUCGAUAUCGAGCCAACAACUGGAAAACCAUACAAGUUGCGUAGGCCAGAAGGCCUUGAUGUUCAGAAGGGAAGUGUUUUAUCGAAGGUUCCUCUAUUGCAUCUUCACUGCAGAGAACUUGUGCUCCCCAACAUCGCCAAGUUUCUACAAGUUUUGAACAAUAGUUCAGAAGAACUACACGGUUCACUUAGCCAGCAGCCUGAUGUUCUUCGAUUUGUGGCAACAAUGCCAUCCCAUAUGAGAAUUAGUUGGAAUCUUAUGUCCUCGUAUUUAGUCUGAACUUAAUUGCAUGAUGCAUUUUGUUAAUUAACUUAAGGGAAAAUAAAUAGUGUUCACUAGUAUUUAAUAGUUUAGGCAUAGGUUGGAGUCCAAGUACAUUGAAGUAACAUACUGAAACUUCUCUGAUUUGUCGAUGUUCUCUUUUUGAUGAGUUGAAUAUAUCUGCUUCAGUGUACUCAUGUUUU